AUGAAGGGUGGUCUUCUGGAAGAACACAUGCGUCGGUUUCAUCCAGUUGUUUUGAAGGUUGAAGAAGGAAGCUGCGAAUCUAAAGCUAAUGAACCAUUGCCAGUCCACCGAAGCUCGAACACAGUCAUCGUAAAACUGUACAACUUUCAAACUCCUUCAGUGGCCAGGCCAAAGCUGGUUCAUUGCUUCCAGACAACCAUCGUGGAGCUGUACAAAUGCAGAUAUUGUAGUGCAGAAGGUUUAUUAAAGGACCAACUCAUAAAUCAUUUCCGUCGAAGCCACAAGGCUGUCUUUGAAGUAGAUUACAGUAUAAGUGUCAUGUGUGAAAGGGUUCAGUGCCUGUGUGAAAGUCUAUUUUGCCCGAAUAAAUUCGCCGAGCAUAUGCGUCGAAGUCAUCCUUUGGUUCAGUACACGUGUGUCGGUCGAAAUGGAAAGUUGAUCAGCAGGCAUAUUGAGAAAAUGCCAGUUGUCCGUAUUGAUCCAGUCAGAAUGUUCAAGUGCAAUGCCUGCAAAGCUCCGAGCAUACUGGAAAAUCAUCUAGGCCGACACCGUUUGAAAUGUCCCAAAGAAAUGCUACCGAGUAACAUUACUUUUGAAUUGAUGGCCACCAAGGAGCAAUGCAAAGUGUGCCACAAUCGAUUUAAAGAGGAACAACUCGAUAACCACAUGAAAUUGAACCAUCCUCGACUCAAUGCUGUCAAAAUUGAGAAACUGCACAAAUGUGGCUUAUGCGAUGCAUGGUGUAUGGAACGCAGCUUCAAGGAACAUCACGCCAAAAAUCAUAGCCACAUCCCAUUCGCUAACAACCGCUUAAAAUAUGGAAAAAUUAAACAAAAGUUCUCGUGUGAAUUUUGCGGAAGACGAAUUUGUGGUGGACGUAAAAAGAAACAUCAUCUGAAAGCUUGCCUGCAGUAUGUCAACAAGAAGAAAAUACGGCAAAAAGAAAUCCAUUCGAAUGAUGGUCAAUCAGCACCAUCUAAGCUCAGCACAUGA